AUGACGUGGACACCAACUGAUGCCUUUUUGAGAGGUAAGAUUGUCAAGGCAUUCUUGCCCUUUGAUAAACAUCCCAAUUUAGUUAAUGAUAACCUUAGAAACUUGUAUCCUGGUGACGAAGUUUAUAUCUUUGAGACAAAAGAUAAUAAGUGGGCUAGAGGGUAUGCUAUAUCCAAGCCCUUUCCCCAUGACUUUGUUAUGACCUCCGUUAACUUAGAUGACUUGCCUAGUGAUAACUGCAACGUUGUUGUUUUCCCUUUGAAAUAUGUUAAAGUUCAACAAGUUGUUCCAUUUCCAGAGGUGAAAAUUGAAGCUGUAUCUCCCCAGAAGAGCUUACACGUUGUUCCUUCUAUUAGUGAAAUUGAAAGAGCUGAGAAGGGACCUGAGGAAGAAUCUAGAGAAAUCCCCAAGUUACCUAAUGAUUUUGGUUCUAAGAACGUUGGCAAUCUUAUCGAAGAAAUUGGCUAUUCUUUGGAAUUAAUGAAUUCUCACCUUUUUGCUUUGUACUCCAUUGGGGAAUUUAGAUUAUUCACUAGAUUAGUUGCACUUUUCCAUGAGUUACACCAAACCAAAAUCAAGUUAAGCAACAACUUACUUUCCACCAAUGAAGCUAUUUAUGCCAAAGAACAAGCCACUCAUUUAUUGAACAAGAUUCCCAAAAAAUUGGCUUCCAGAGCUGCUCGUUUGAAUGAAAAAAGUUAUGAUUUGGAUAACAGAGAUACUGAUAUCUCUGGGUACAAGUCAAUCUUAGCUAGAGAAACUCUUUCUGGUGAAAUUCUAUCAUUGGAUGGCACCAUUCCCGCAAGAAUCGCUUUAAACAGUGAGUUAGGUGCUUUGGUUGGGAAUUAUCCAAUCCAUGCCCAUUUGAACCAAGCUGAUUAUGACUUGAAAUCCCAAGGUAACAAGAAAUUACUUCGUGAACCAAACAUUUGUUCCCAUAUUCUUGUUGAUUUCCAACAAGUUUCUGGUUCAUCAGCUUAUCAACCUCCAGGUUUUGCUGGUAUGACUGCUUACAUGUACCUUCGUAACUCCACCAAGAGAUUAACCGAAGCUUUUGCCGUUCAAACCAAUACUGUUGACGAUUUGGUUGAUAUUGAAAAACUCAGUGCUGCUCUUUUCCUUAACCUUCCAAUUACUGAAAUUGAUAAUAACCGUAUUUAUCUUGUUGCUGUUUUGACUGAAGAAAUUGAUAUCACCAUGAAAUUGCCAAGUCAUCAACUGCAAUACCUUAAGCGUGUUAAAAAGGGUAUUGCCGUUGGUGUAGCUGAUAUCACUAGAGUUUUCUCUUCAAACGAAGGUGCUUUAGCCUCUGGUGAAUCUCAUAGAUUUGCAAUUUCUUUGUAUGCUUCUUCAAUCAAAUACAACAAUAACAAUGAAAUUCUUGAUGUUGAAGGUAAUGAUGGUUGGGGUGGGUUAGCCGACCGUAUUAUUUCCAAUUCCAGUAUUGGGGUGUUUGUUAAUCCUAGAGCUGAAAAAUUGAUUGUUACCGUUAAGGAAUUUAAGAAUCAAUUAGGUAAUGGUUAUAACAACCAUAGGGAAGUCCAUACAGGACCAAUCUCGAGAAUUAAACCAAUUUUCUUUGAUCCCUUAGCUGAAAAUUAUGAACGUAUCUAUUUGAAUAUGGGUAAACUUAGUUUGAUUCAUAAUCCAAUGAGAGACGAUUUAUUGACUAUUGAAGUUAGUGCUCCAAAUAAUGAAUUGAUUGCAUUUGCCAAAGGAUCCAACCAACAAGAAAAACGUACUUGGCAAUUAGUUUCGGUUAAUCCUGAAGAAAGUAUUGGUGAAAUUGUUAAAGUCAAUGGGAUUUCGUUACAAAACCCAUCUAAGAAACUUCCCAAGGAAGAUUUCCUUUUGUUGACAUUAUAUGUCAAUGGUGCUUUAGCUGGUCAAGGGAAACUUCUUUAUAAAGCAGGCAACAAAUUGGUUGAAUUCCACAAAAGGGCAAUUGAUAUUAAAUCGUUAAACAAUAAAGUUGUUAUUGGUCGUGUUGAAGUUAGUACUGAAUAUAUUGGAAAGAUUUAUAAUUCCGACAUUUCAAUUGAUAAUAUCUUCCAAUAUCAAAGUUUGAUUAGUCAAGGUCCAUCCGGAAUUGAUGUUCUUUCCCAAUCCAUGGAAAAUUUCUGUAAAUUGGGUGUUUCUCAACUUGUCAAGUAUUUCCCUGAGUUAUUAAGUUCGUUCCAUGGUAUUGUCGAUUGUGUGUUGAAUAAUGAAAAUAUGGAAAAUAAGGAAACUUUCCUUGAUCUUAUGUUUAGAUCCACCAUUCACUUGAUGGAUGUGCUUUUCGGAAAGAAGGAACAAUAUUUGCAACUUAUUGAGAAUUAUUCUAUCAAGUAUAGAAGUCCACCACAAGUUGGGAUUUUCUAUUUGUCAACCAUUGCCAAAGUUUUCCAUAAAGUUGAUGUUGAAUGGAAUGCAGUUUCAAGAGCAAUGUGUCGUGUGAUUUCAUAUAUCAUGAGAUUGGCUAUUGUAUCCAUGAAGGGAGUUACUGACCAACAAGAAGAGUACUACAAAUCUUUAGGUAUGUUAUUUAUGGGAGUGGCUAAAUUCUUGGCUGUUCCAACACCUAAUUUAGCUGAAGAUCAAAUUCUUAUUAUGAAUAUUGUUGAUUAUGUCUUAUCAUUCAGACUGAGUAUGGAUCCUGUGAGAAUUAUUAUUUCCAUUGUUGGAUUCUUAGAUGCCAUUGGAACUCGUGGUUUGGGAGCAAAUGAAGAAAGUUAUGGACAAACUCAAGUUAUCAAGGGUUCAAAAGGACAUGAAGUUAUUAUUGGGAAAUUGCUUUUGAACAACCGUUUGCUUCAUUCUAAAUACAUUGAUAACCAUAAAGAAGUUAGAAGAUUACUUGUUAGUAACUCUGUUCGUUGGGCAUUUGAAGUAUUAACUGGUGCAACAGAUAUUGAUGCCUCAAGACUAGCAUGCACUAAUCUUAAUACUGUUUGUACUAUUUUGUGGGAGAAGGUUUUACCAAGUAAAGAUCCAGAAGAUAUUCAAAUGUGUUAUUCAUUAACGAAAUUCCUUCCAGUACUUGCCAGUGUGUUCAGUAAGUACAAUACCUAUUUGAGAACAAAUGAUCAAUUUAAACCAAAGCGUACAUUCACCAAUCUUUUCCCGACCCAAUACCCAUUCCGGGAAUUCUCUAUUGAUUCAAUUGUUAAUGAUGAAGUUAUGGUGGAAUUAUUAGUUGAAAUAGCAACCUGUUUUUCCUUUAUGGGUAUGAUUGGUAAGAAUGCCGCUGGUGAAGAAGGUAUACUUAGGUUAUUAGAAUUUGAAAUCAAGGACGAUUUCUUUGAUGCAGAAAAGUAUUUAACAAGCAACUUUGGUAGUAAGGAUCUUAUUGAGAUGAUGAAGGGUCUUAGACAUAUUAGACAAGGGUGGUAUUUCCCUGAAGAUAAAUGGUUGUCACUUUACGCCGUUAUUGGUGAAGGUUGUUUAUGUGCAUUGGAAUUAAUCAGUCCAUUGCUUUUGGCCGAGCAUAUCCCAUUGCAAGAUGAUAUGGAUUCAUUUGAUAUUGUUCUUUGGGGAAUCUAUUUUAGAAACUUACUCAAAUUAGGUACAAUUGCCCCUGUAUCUGUAGAACAUUUGUCUGAUCUUCCCAGAAGAGCUUGUUCUCAAAUCACAGGAACGAUGCGUGACAGAAUUGCUGGUUUACUUUCGAAGGCAUGGGAUGCCUUAGGAUGGUAUGCUUCAAAUGAAGAUAUUGCUAGAUUCAACUUCGAAAAAUAUGGUGGGUAUCAAAUUGAAUUCUUGGAUAGUAGUGCUUAUGGAAUUUUACCCGAAUUAAUGUUAUUUGCCUUACAGAGAAAUAAACAAUGUCAAGAAGUCUCGGCCAAGAUCAUUUGGAGUUGCUUGAUUACUGAAUAUAACGUGACCGAAAACAUCAAUGAACUGACCAGACAAAUCUUGUAUGGGUUACAUGAAAUUUACCAUAGAUUUGCCUACAAGCCAAAACCUAGUGAACAAGAGUCGUUUAUUUCUCAAUUGAAAGCUACUAUUAGGUUGGAUGUUGAAGAUGAAAUGUUUGGUGAUGUUUACGAUUUUGUUCAUAAUCUUUCAAGAUACAUGGAUGCUUUGAACUAUUUGCUCAGUGUUCCUGUUGGCCCUGAGUUUAACGAUGAUAGAUCAUUCCAUGAAAUCAAUUGUCGAUCAUAUUUGAGAGAUGCAGGUAAAGAAGAAGUGCUUGGAAAUUAUGUUAGCAGCAUGUAUGAAGAAUAUCUUAACAGCAAGGAUUACAUUCAAGCUGCAUUGAGUUUGGAAUUAUAUUCUACCAUUUACACAUGGGACCAACAAACCAUUGUACCACAAAGUUAUAAACCUAAGUUGGCUCAACAAACUUCAUUUGAAAGAAAGGAAUUGUUGUAUACCAUGAUUGCUAAGAAUUAUAUCAAGGGUAACUCCUUGGAACGUGCAAUUGAUGCUUAUAAUGGAUUGUUAGACGCUUAUCACGAACAUACUUUAGAUUUGAAGAGUUUUUCAUAUGUUCACAGUAAAUUGGCUAAAUUGUAUUUGGAUUUAGAAUCUUCGGAUAAGUUGACACCCUCAUACUUUAGAGUGGAGUUUAUCGGUACUGGAUUCCCAUUGUAUAUCAGAGGCCGUGAGCAAAUUUAUCAAGGGAUGCCAUUCGAACAUAUCACUUCGAUUUACAAACGAUUAUUGAAUAUUUUCCCAGGGGCAAGAAUUAUCUCUGAAGAGAAUGAAGCUAGAAAUGCCAAGGAAAAAUUUAAGAAUGGUAGGUUCUUGUAUGUUUCUGUCGUUGAACCAGUUGAUGAAAUUUCCGACAAGGUGUUCAAUACUUCGAUUGGGGUUAGACAAUAUGCUAGAAAUAGAGAUUUGAGAUUCUUCACUACUAUGAAGAGACUUCCAGGAUACUCUUCAGUGUUUGAUUUAUGGACUGAAGAAACAACCUAUGAAACUCAACUUUCAUUCCCAACAUUAAUGAAUAGAAGUUUCAUUAAGGAAUCCAAGACAGUAAAGCUUUCACCAUUGGACAAUGCCAUUAGAACCUUGAUCAACAAGAAUAACGAUUUGAUUCAAUUGGAAAGUAAGAUCAAUCAAGCACUUAAGGAGAAGCACGAAGUUGGUGCAUUAACUAUGGAAAUGACUAGACAACUUUCCGGAACUGUUGAUUCACCUGUAAACGGAGGUGUUGGUCAAUACCGUGACUUCUUGUCUAAAUUAGAUCAAGACGAAGAUAAAUUGAGAUUAUUAAAGAGAGCUCUUGAUGAUCUUGUCAUGAUCUUGAAUAGAUGUUUACAAUUACAUGGAAAGAUUGUUACUCCAAAUUUGAAGGCAACCCAUGAUAAUAUGCUUGACCAAUAUAAGAAGAACUUUAAGGAUGAAAUUGAAGCAUUGACGAUUUCCGGUGAACUUAAUGGUGUACUGAACUCCAACAAGAUCCAAAGAAUGUCAUUGAUUAGAAAGGAUAAGGAUCCUGGAUCUCCUCUUAGACAAUCACGUACGAAUAGAUCUAACGGUUCGUUAGGUACUUCUACAACGACUUCAUCCAUGAGUGGACGUAUGUCAAGAACAAACAGUACAACGACGUUUAACACUGUUCGGUUAGAACGAGUUCAAUUGUUUAAACUGGCAAUUGAGUAG